UUCCCCAAAACCAAUAUGGCACCAAAAGUAACUAAUGCUUCUUCUCUGGAUGCUUUCUUUGCCUCUUACAACAAAAAAACAAAUUCUUCCUUAAAAAUCAUUGACUCUUUCUUGGCUUUUCUCGUUGUUCUGGGUGGAUUGCAAUUCAUCUAUGCUGUUCUCGUAGGAACCUAUCCUUUCAACUCGUUUCUCUCUGGAUUUAUUAGUUGUGUCGGUCAAUUUGUAAUAACUGUCGGGUUCCGUAUGAGUUUGACUACUCAAGAUGAAAAGGAUGAAAAGUCCAAGUGGUCUCCUUUUACCUCAAAUAAACGCGCCUUUCUAGAGUUUUGUUUCUCAAGUCUUGUCCUACAUUUCUUUGCCGUCAAUUUCCUCGGUUAAAAUCCCCAAGCUCUCAACAAUUGCUUUCUUCUUAAAUGAAAAGGUUGACGCCCUACGAAUUUAUUUGCUACGGUCAUUAGAUGCAUGUACUACUAUUCUACUUGUGAAAAGACAAACUUAAUGUAAUGAAAUAUUUUUUUUAAUUUCAUCUUAUGAACAAAAAUC